UAUGGGUACAUUUUUUUCUAUUGAACUACUUGUAUUGAUUUCUAAUGUGUUGCUGUUUAUAGUUUUAAUCAGCCAUUUAUAUGCUGCUGUACAUUUGAGUUUUUUUAUACAGCGUGUUGUAUCACGAAUCAUUGUGUUUGUAGCCUUUACUUUUUACAUUGUUUCUUUGUAAAGUGAAGCUGCAACUGCAUUCAUAUCAGGGAUUCUUUAUUACUAUACUAUCUCAAUUUUUCUGUUAUAAUAUGAGGGAGAAUUAAUAUUUACCAUAUAGUUGGCAAGACCAUUUGCUUGUCCUGAAGUGAUUCCGCAUUUGGAACGACCUUACAUUCAGGAAAUGAUUCGACCUCUCCUCACAUUACCAGAAAUAUUGCUCUUGCGUUGAGAACAUCAACCUUGAUGUAACAGUCAGAAUCAUCAAAGAAGUCAAAUGAGUCUGUCUGGUUGAGUUUUGAUACACGGCACUCGUUUUUAUAAAACAAAGGGAACUUCAUGCAUAUGAGCCCCUUUGUCAGGGCUACUGUAAGCCUGCCAGUAUGAUUAAUAGGUUGGGCUGUCCUCCCCACUUUUCCUGCAGUGCCUGAUCAAAGCUGGGUAUGAAGUAUGGUGGAGAUGAGUGUGUGUGUCUAAAGAUUAGAAUAUUGAAAGAACACACUUUGGGCUUGUUGGCGUCACCCCUAUGAAUAUGAAUGACUUUGUGAAUGCUCAUGGUUUUUGUCGUAUGGACUUCUGAAGUUGAUUUGUUGGAGGGGGUUUUCUUUUUCCUUUUCUGUGGGACUGCACUGUCUCACCCCAUGAAUGAAAUGAGUUGAAAUGGUUUCUCUGGUAAAUGUGAGAUGAUAUGGCAUUCAGUGAUGCUUUGUGAAAUUAAAAGCAAUACUGAGCGAAUUACUUACAUGUAAUUCUGGUGAAAUAUCCAUUAGUCCUUUGUGGAGUUAAACAAUUGACCAGAUGUUACCUCUUAGUGUAAAUUGUAAAUUUGGAGUUCAUUGAAUGUGGUUUCAGAAUGCUGUUGUUUUCACAAGGAAUGAUUCCGUAAGUAAUGGCUAACAAUGUAACAUGUAUAACUUAUUUUCAGAUUAAUUAGCUCUUUUUCAGACAAAAACUAUUUGGGAAAACAUUUGUUGAUUACUGUUAUGCACCAGAAAAACUGUGUUUGCUACAUUGCAAGGCAGGCAUUCACAUGCCUGAGUAUGUUUGCAUUUGUUUCAACAAACUACCCAACCUAAAUUAGUUGUAUAUACUAACACGGACUCAUAUCUCAGACCACUGUAGAAUGUUUCAUAGAUAAAAGUGCAGUCUGAUUAAAUAACCAAGAGCAGAAGUUGGCAUAAAAUCCCCCAUUACAAGGUACUUUGGCUUUGACGGUCUUACACAAACUUGGCUUGUGAUAGAUGAACUUUCAGAGGGGCUCGUGUUCUGAAUGAAGCUCUUUUCCAGGUUUCAUAGGUGACUGUCAGGUGCUUUAUCCUUUUGAUUGCCUCUCCUCCUGGCUUCUCUCCCUGCCCUUCUCUCUGCCCCCAUGGGGCGUCAGUUAAAAGGCUGGUUCAGACAUCCCAUCAAGUCCAGAUGAAUAUAAUACCUGAAAAACACUGAGUAGAAAGGCAUGUGGCUCUAUUGUCCAUAAAUCUCUCUCCAGCAAACAAGUGUUCUGAUACGGCCCAGUUCAGACGGGCUGUGCUGUAUAUCUCAUGCUGUGAGUCACUGACAUGAAUGGAAUCAAAAGAGGGCAGGUUACAGUGGAUUCCUGCAAGAUAAGGCCCUUACGUGGACUGAAAUGUGUGGGUUGUGUCUACGAAGACAAGAAGUACAGCAAUGGAGAUGUGUUCAGCCCAGAUCCCUGUUUGUCCUGCGUGUGUGAGAAUGGGCAUGCCCGGUGCCAACGGGGGCACUGCCACCCACUGUCCUGUCUGAACCAGUAUAUCCCUGAAGGGGAAUGUUGCCCAAUCUGUCGACCAGGCUGUGAGUAUGAAGAGGAAGUCUAUGAGAAUGGAGCUGUCUUUGUAUCGAGAUCCAACCCCUGUCUGAAAUGCACCUGUACAAACAGCCUGGUGAAAUGUACCCCAGUUCAGUGCCAGCCUACAAGAUGCGCAAACCCUUUUCAGAUAGCAGGCCAGUGCUGCCCCACAUGUUCAGCCUGUGAUGUCGACGGCAGACCUUACAAUGGCUCUUUCAACACUCUGGAUGGCUGCCAGAUCUGUACCUGCAGGAAUGGGAACCCAUCGUGUGUGGACGUGCACACGUGUCCCCACUCCUGCAGCCACGGGGUGAAGCCGCCAUUUGGAUCCUGCUGCCAGGACUGCUCUCGCUGCAGUGUUGACGGGCAGGUCAUCCUUGAUGGCGUGUCCUUCUCUGCCAGCCAGGAUCCCUGCGAGCGCUGCGUCUGCAUGAAUGGGAACUUAGUGUGCUCUCACGUCUCCUGUCCUCCCCUGGAUUGUGUCGCUGUUGAGACCAGCAGGGGCGAGUGCUGCCCCAGGUGUCGAGGCUGUGUUCACAAUGGCAUUCAGCGUGAGCAUGGACUGCAGUGGAGCAUCCCAGACAACCCCUGUACCAUCUGCACAUGUGUGGAGGGCAGGGUCCAAUGUGACACAGAGAAGUGCACCCCUUCAUGUAAAAACCCCUCUAGCCCUCUGCCAGGCACCUGCUGUCCCGUCUGCGACGGUUGUGGCAUGAAUGGUCGAGACUACCUCAAUGGGGAACAGGUACCUGGUGCAGAUCGCUGUCAAGACUGUGUUUGUGUUAAUGGUGACCUUCAGUGCAGCUCCACCCCCUGCCCCCACGCACUCUGCAGAAAUCCAGUCAAAAGGCCUGGAGAGUGCUGCCCACGAUGUGAACAGUGUCAUUAUGAGUCUCAGGUCUAUGUGGAUGGGCAGGUCUUUGUCUCCCACUUGGAUCCCUGCAUGCGCUGUCAUUGUUCGGGUGGGGAGGUCUCCUGUGAGCGCCUUGACCACACCUGCCCCCCUCUGCAGUGCACUCACCCAGCCAAGACCAAAGGCCAGUGCUGCCCCACCUGUGAGGUGUGUGAGUACGAGCGUAGGGUCUACAUUGAUGGGAAAAGAUUCAACCCCCCAGGGAGCGGACCCUGUGUCCAUUGUACCUGCAAGAACGGGAAUGUUAGAUGCCAUGAGGAGAAAUGUCCCCCCACUCAGUGCUCCAACCCCAUCAUAGAUCCACAGCUGUGCUGCCCUGCCUGUAAAGUUUGUGUGCUGGAGGGGACGGAGUUUGAGGAGGGGGCGGAGUGGGACGCUGAAGGCCAGCCCUGUCGCCGCUGCCGCUGUGUUGGCGGGGAGCCCGUAUGUCAUGUGACCCAGUGUCCCCCUGUGUCUUGCCUUCACCCCAGCAAGAUGGAGGGCCAGUGCUGCGCCACCUGCGACGAGUGCACCUACAACCAGCGCGUCUACGGCAACGGGCAGGACUUCCCUGACCCCGAUGACCCCUGUCAGCAGUGCAGGUGUCAGGAUGGCACAGUUCAGUGCUCUGUGACACAGUGCCCACCCCUGACCUGCGUCAAUCCUCAGACGCCACCAGGACAAUGCUGUCCCCAGUGCCCUGACUGUGAUUUUGAGAAUCGUGUGUUUGUUGAUGGAGAGGAAUUCCCCAGCCCAGUGAAUCCCUGUCAGGACUGCGUGUGUUCUGGAGGCAGAGUGGACUGUCAGGAUCAGGAGUGUCCACACCCCACCUGCACAUACCCACUACCGGGGUCCUGUUGUCAGAACAACUGCAACGGUUGUAACUAUGCUGGGAAGGAGUACCCAAAUGGAAUGGAAUUCCCUCACCCCACUGACAAAUGCAGAACAUGUCAUUGCAUUAAUGGAAACGUCCGGUGUUUGAUGAAGAGGUGUCCUCCACAACAGUGCAACAACCCUUACAUGGUGCCUGGAGAGUGCUGCCCCCAGUGCCCAGCGCCACCUGCAGACUGCUUGUACAUGGGGCAGUCCUACAAGCAUUCCGGGCGCUUCUACGACCCCGCAGACAAGUGUCGAGCCUGCAUCUGCUCCAAUGGGACCGUGAGCUGCCAGCGCAGGCCCUGCAGCCACGCCCACUGCUCACACCCCAUCCUCCAGGAUUGCUGCCGCACUUGCGACGGCUGUCUGUAUGACGGGAAAGAGCACGCUAACGGAGAGACGUUUUCUGACCCCUCGGACCCGUGUGGGAUGUGCGCAUGCCGGCAGGGCACGGUGACCUGUGAGAGGAAGCGCUGCCCCAAGGUCACGUGCCCUUUCCCUGUCCCCACGCAGUGCUGUCAGGUCUGCGAUGGAUGUAACUAUGUUGGGGAGGAGUACCUGAAUGGUCAGGAGUUCACUGACCCCCGUGACAAGUGCAAACGCUGCAGCUGUGCGGGUGGUCACGUGACCUGCAGCCCUAAACCCUGUUACACAGCCAGCUGCUUGCACCCUGUCACUCUCCCGGGAAGCUGCUGCCCCAUCUGUGAAGGAUGUUUCUAUAACGGCGUGGCCAUCACCAAUGGGCAGUCCUUCCCAGACCCAGACUCAGAGUGCUCCGAGUGUACCUGUAGGGCCGGGACAGUGCAGUGUGUCAGGAGGAUUUGUCCACCAGCGCCUUGCUCUCACCCUGCCCCUGGGCCAUGUGACUGUCCAGUCUGUGAAGGAUGUGUGUUCCAGGGCAGGUCCUACAUUGAUGGAGACGUCUUCUCAGGAGCCAAAGGGAACUGUGAGGAGUGCAAGUGCACGAACGGAGAGGUGACCUGUGGCUCAAAGCGCUGCCCCAAGAUUUCCUGCACGCACCCCGCCAAAGACACCUGCACCUGCCCCGUGUGUGAGGGGUGUCACUUCAAUGGCCGGGACUGCACUAACGGGGAAUACUUCCUGGACCCAAAAAACAAGUGUCAGCGUUGCACCUGUCUGAAUGGGGGGGUCACCUGCGUCCCUGUGACCUGUGGCCCGACCUCCUGCCGGAACCCCAUCACCCCCCCAGGAGAGUGCUGUCCGGUUUGCACUGGGCAGUGUGAGCACAAGGGACGGGUGUACCAGAGCGGCACGUCCUUUGACUCCCCGUCCGACCGCUGCAGCACGUGCACCUGCCUGAAUGAGGUGGUGGCGUGUCACAGGAAGCCGUGCCAGCAGCAGUGCUCGCACCCCGUGCCCUCCUCGGGCUGCUGCCCCGCGUGCGAGGGCUGCCUGUACGAGGGCGUGCGCUACGCCUCCUCCCAGACCUUCACCCCCAGCGCCAACCCCUGCCAGCGCUGCAGCUGCGUGCGGGGCAGCGUCGCCUGCACCCCCCAGGUCUGCCCCCCGACCCCCUGCAAGAACCCCGUCACCCCGCCCAACCAGUGCUGCCCCCAGUGCCCAGCGGUGUGUUUUCACCAGGGACAGGAGUAUGCCGACGGACGGCGCUGGGUCCCUUCCGCAAAUAACUGUCAGGAGUGCACCUGUGCGAGAGGUGAGGUGCACUGUACGGAGGUGGUGUGUAAGGCCCCCUGCAGUCACCCCUCUCCCCCGGUGCUGGGGCAGUGCUGUCCUCAGUGUCAGGACUGCUUCCUGGAUGGCGUGCUGUACAGUGACGGGGAUGACUUCACUCUGGACGGCUGUCGCCAGUGCUCCUGUAAUGGCGGUAACAUCCUCUGCGCCAACAUCGAAUGCCCCAAGCUGACCUGCAUGCACCAGGUGACUGAGCCUGGGACCUGCUGUCCACGAUGCAGAGGUUGUAAGUACAACGGGCGUGAGCACGAGGAAGGCAGCACCUGGUUUGCCUCCAGCACCCCCUGCAUGUCGUGCAUGUGCGUGGACGGCGUGACCACCUGCUCCGAGGUGCGCUGCGUGUCCCCGUGCCUCAACCACAUCCAAGUCCCCGGGGAGUGCUGCGCUGUGUGUGCAGACUGCGUCUACAACGGUCGAGUGUACGGCCCUGGAGACAGCUUCCACCCCUCGGAUGACCCCUGCCAGAUCUGCACAUGCGAGGUAAUGCCGGACGGGGAGCAGCACCUGCGUUGUUACCGGAAGCAGUGUCCCAGCCUGGUGGACUGCCCCAAAAACCAUAUCCUCUUCUCUGGAACAGACUCCUGCUGCCCCGUGUGUGCCCAGCCACUGAGCAACUGCACAGCAACCUUGAUUGGCAAUGAGGUCCAUGCCACUGAUGACCCUUGUUUCACCUGUCAGUGCAAGGACUUGACCUGGACGUGUGUUCAUCAGGGGUGCCAUCCUCUCAGCUGCCCCCCGUCAGAGCAGUUCACCCCUGAAGACUCCUGCUGCCCCAUCUGCAAUGAGUGUGUGAUUGAGGGAAGCAACCAGCGCUUGGCUAAUGGGGAGAGCUGGACAGACCCCUCGGAUGAAUGCAUCACGUGCACUUGCAACGUGGGCUAUAUUGAGUGUAACAUCCAGGAGUGUGAACCAUUGGUUUGCCAGGAUGGGCUGGUAAAGGUCAAGUCUCCUGGACAAUGCUGCUAUGAAUGCCAAGACCCCAGUGUGUCAUGUGUAUACCAGGGAACACUCUACCAGUCAAAUGAACACUGGGAAGUGGAUGAGUGCACAUCCUGUACCUGUGUGUCGGGGGAUGUGCACUGCCAAACAGAACGGUGUCCACAGGUCUCCUGUGCCUCGGAUGAGACCCCAGCUCUGAUCCCAGGGAUGUGCUGUCCCCACUGCAUCCCACGUCCAGCCACCUGCAUUGCUUUCGGUGACCCUCACUACCGCACCUUCGAUGGGAAAAUGAUCAACUUCCAGGGGGCCUGUACCUACGUGCUGGCCGAGGACUGUGAGGGUGGGGACUUCAGCAUUCAUGUUACCAAUGACGAUCGUGGUCGCAAAGGCGUUUCUUGGACCAAGGAGGUGACCAUCUUCAUUGGCGACGUCAUGGUGCAGCUGCUACAGAACUGGAUGGUCAUGGUGGAUUACCAGGCAGUAACACUGCCUUACCUGAAGGAGCCAUACAUUUACGUGGAGCGCAAGACAAACACCAUCUUGCUGAACACCAAUAUUGGAGUGAAGGUGCUAUGGAACGGGAAGUCCCACCUGGAGGUCAGCGUCCCAGGGACCUACAAAGACCACAUGUGUGGCCUCUGCGGGAACUUCAACAACUACCCCCAGGACGACAUGAGGCUUCGCACAGGCCAGGCAGUCAAAUCAGAGGCUGCCUUUGGGAACAGCUGGAAGGUGCAGAGAGAGAAUGACACUGCCAGCCAGUGCCGAGACGGAGAGGACGUGGACCCCUGCAAGGAGGCCGGCUAUUUCGCCCGCAAGACGGGCAAUGUCCGCUGCGCCAUCCUGAAGUCUGAGGUGUUUGAGCAGUGCCACAAGGUCGUGCCCCCGGAGAUGUUCUACGCGUCCUGCGUGUACGACCUGUGCGCCUGUGGCGCCAACUCUGACGACUGCCUGUGCGACGCCCUGGAGGCCUACGCCUCCGAGUGCAGGGAGGCCGGGGUCGUGCUGCAGUGGAGGACCCACGCUCUGUGUGCUGUGGGCUGCCCCCUUGACCGUGGCUUUGUUUUCGACGAGUGUGGACCCCCCUGCCCCAAGACCUGCUUCAACAAAGACGUGCCCCUGGGGGUCAUCGAGUCGCACUGCUUCAAGCCCUGCGUCCCGGGCUGCCAGUGCCCUGCUGGGCUGGUGGAGCACGAAUCGCACUGCAUUCCCCCCGAGGCCUGCCCCAAGAUAAUCUACGGCAACUCAUGACAGACGCCUCGAGCAGCCCCUCCCGUCCCCGUAAUGGUGCUAUCACUCGACUGAACUCGCACUGGAGAGAGUCUCACAGCUCUCUGUUUCUCCUAAGUGCUCUUUCCUGCUCCGCCUCACACCUUGAAAAAGCCAUAGAACGCCACGCUUUUCUUAGAACUGGACGAUUGUAAAUUAUCCGUGCAACAUCACAUUACAUUACAUUACAGGCAUUUAGCAGACGCUCUUAUCCAGAGCGACGUACAACAAGUGCAUUAGUUCAAGGUGCAGAGGUGCAAAAGAAACACACUAGAGUGAAGUAAAGAUCGUAGUGCCAGAAGUGACCACAUAGAUCAGGACUCCAACCCUGUAGAGUAACCUGUUCGAAGCAGCGAAGCAGUGGCCUUGUAAACAGCCUUACUUGGUAAACUUUGUGUUUUUAAACUUGCACCUUUUGACGUUUAUAUUCUGGUAAAUGCCUGAAGAAGUUUUACAGUCAAAAUUAUUUCUACACAUUAGAGUUACCCUGUUGUUUUGAGGUAUAAUCUCAAAUUAGGUAUAAAAGUUAGGUGCUUGUAUUUCCAGGAGAUAAUUUUGGUUGACAGAACAAAUCAGGAUGUGGGGUCAGCUUCCUGUUGACAUCAGAGUCUAGUAAAAAUUUUUUAAACCUAACUUUAUCCUAGAGGAUUACAGCGUACCUUCUGCCAUAUUCAUGAUUUCAUCUUCUUUGCAGUUUGAUCUUCUUAAUGAAUUUCAGUGAAAUAAAAUUCAUUAAAAUGGUUAAGCAGGUGGAAACAAAAAGUAUUCUGCUGAAUUUCUGCAGGAAUGUGUGAGUCACCUGUGCUGUGUGGUGUCAGUUUUUUAAUGUCAGGUUUAUGUAGCCGACUCACACGUUAAAACCGCAGCCAAACUUGAAAAGUUCACAAAACUUUUGAAGAAGAAAUGUUUGGCUGAUACAUAACACUGUACAUGGUUACAAAAUGUACAUUUCUUGAACAUAGCUUUGGCAGACACUGGCAUUAACUAAAGGUGCUAUGUAAGAAUUAAAAUCUCAAUGUCAAUGAAAUGUCUUGCUCAUGAUGCUGUGAGGACAGAGUAAGCUUUUUUUAAUUUUGUUUGCAGUUUGACAAUUUAUAUGUAAAGCUGUUUUCUCUGAGUUGCUUCUCUAAGGCAUAAAAUGAAAAAAAAGAAUUGCUCAGAUGAAUGUGUAAGUGUAAGUGAUUAAAACAAAAAAUAGAAGUGUCUUUUCUAUUAUCAUUCAUUCUCCACUGUGAAUGAACCUGCGAGUAUCUGGUUCCAGUGCAAAUUAACUGAAACGAAGGCAGUGAAAGAGAGAGGAAAAGAGAAGGCAUUAGAAUAAAUAAUGGGUGUAUUUUUCACUCAUUUACUUUCGUAACAUACCUAUUGUCUGUAUCAAGGGCUUGGAUUUAGUCUGGCCCUUUUGGUCUUUGUCCGUAAUGUUGCAAAACAAAGUCCUUCAAGGCAUUUUAUAAUUUUUUUGUAGAGCUUAUUUUCGACUUUUGAUUUUACAUUGAUGUAUUAUCCGUGCAGCUCAUAUGGAAGUUUCUGAAUGUACAGAAAUGAAUUAAAAAAUGAGUUUUUUAUAAAGUAAAACAGUAAUGCUUUAUAUGAAGAGAUGAGGUUAAAGAAAAUUUUAAAAAACAUGAAUGAAAAAGCCAUUUCAAAGAUUCAAACUUGUAUUUUUGUAAUACAGCUGAAAUUAAUGUUUUUUUUAUUGACUGAACCGUUUCAUUUUGUUGUAAUCAUGCUUUAGCGCUUGGGUUUUGACUGACAAUUAUAAAAUCACCAUCAGCCUCAUGGGAUUUUCACAACAUUUUGUUCAUAGCUGUGAAAAGGGAAGUCUAUUUUUGCCUUAGGAUAGUUCUGUUGAUUUUCUAAGUUGGUUUUCAGAGGUCUUUGCUCAAUACCUCAGACUAAUGGUUAAUAUCAAGUAAUUUACCAUACAAUGAGUAAUAAUCUGAAAACACCAUUUCUUCUCCUCCAUCUGAUGCCUUGCUUUGCUCAAUUUAAUGGAUCUGAUUUAUGCUGUAUGUGUCAGGUGAUCUGAUCAGAUUUAGACAUAUAUGGUGUGUAUGUACAUGCACAGUUUAUCUAAAAUACUGUAUAAUAUCCUUGUUUCCAUACGAAUGGUUUUUCUGUCACUGGAUAAUUGUUAAAAUGGAAGAAUGUGCAAAAAUCAGAAAGCAGCUAAACUUGAUGAGUUGCAUAGAUUAUACGGCCUUUUUUGUGUAGCCUUGGUGUUAAUAUUGUUGUUAAAAUGGUGUACAAUCAUACACAGAGAGUAAAAACGAUGACUGUGUGCAUUUAUGGUUUCACAGAACAUGCAUAUUCAUUAUUCAGUAUUAAUGGUGCUUAAAUGGUGUUUAAAUUACGUUUCCUAAAGUACAAUAUCAUGGUUUAUUCCUAUUUAUUUUUUGUAUUCUUUUUUACCAUUCUAUUAAUAAACAUGUUAUAUAGAUACUAGAUUUUUUUUGCAUCAUCUGUAUCAUAUAUAUUCUGUAUAAGUUAAUGUGAUAGUAAAGUCAUGCACAAUUUUUUUUUUCCUAAAGGAUAUGAUCAGUGCAAAAACCACAUAUUAGGGAUAUAUUGAUGCUUUUGUUAAUGCAUACAACUAUUUUUGUAGAAUAUAAUAUUUCAAGCAUUUGUCAAAAAAUCUAGAAAAACUGUUCUGAUGGACAACCAUCAGUACAUAUUUUCUAGAUUUUGUGACAAAUGCUCCAGUGUUUCUUACACAGCAGUAAUUGUAUUUCUUAUUUAGUUUUUGACAUGCAUAUGUAUUUGUAAUAUUGUUUUUUUUAAUGUAGUCUAAAAUGCAACGUGUAUUCCUGCUGUACUCUGAAAUCUUUAUGAACGUAGAUUUUAAUUGCACAGUAAUAUACUAAUAAUAGAUUCAUGUAAAUAAUUAAAUUGUGUGUGAAUGUA